CUGCUGUGGCCGGCUGCUUUAACUACACAACCAGCUGCUGAGGCCGGCUGCUUUAACUACAUGACCGGCUGCUUUAACUACACGACCGGCUCCAGGCACCAAGACUCUCUUGAGGCCCGUUCCAGUUGAUAGCUCCAUCGAGCAGGGACCAGAGAGCAGGGACCAGAGAGCAGGGACCAGCCGUGUGGACUUGACCAGAUAAUGACAGCAGAAAAUGAACAACACAUUCCCCCUAACCAGAAAGAAGAAGUGAAGGAGUGGGGAGAUCAUUGGAGAGAAGAGAGAGAGAGAGACUGAAGAGGGUUUAAACUGAAGGAGUGACCAGAGAGGAUCCUUAUUGCAGACACCAUGUCUGUCUCCACCACCAAACAGGAGAGAACCCUGUGUGUUCUGCUCCCUAAUAAAGAACAGCUGGACAUCACUGUGGGGGUCAAGUCCACAGGGCAGGAUGUGUUCAAUCAGGUGUCUGAGCUCCUUGGAAUAAAAGAGCUGCACUUCUUUGGCCUGACAGUGGUGAAGGACAAUGAGCACAUCUUUCUGGACAUGGAAGAUAAGCUGACCAAGUAUUUCCCUAAGGAAUGGAAGCAAGAUUCAGGGAAGGGGUUACAGAAGAGAUCCCUCCCCCUGGUACUCUGCCUCAAGGUGCAGUACUAUGUGGAGAACGGCAGGCUCAUCUGUGAGCGGAAGGCGAGGCGUCUGUACUUCUCUGACCUGAGGGAGAGGGUGUUGCGUUCAGAGUGUCGUCAGCAGGAGGAGGUGUACUUCCAGCUGGCUGGGUAUGCUCUUCAAUCUGACCUGGAGGACCAUCCCCUGCCUGGGAAGAACCAGGGAGGCACCCGCUACUUCCAACCCAAAGAGUACUUCCCUCCCUGGAUUGUGGCGAAGCGUGGGGUGGACUACCUGCUCUGUCACGGUCCCAAGGUACACAAGGAGCUAUGGGGCAUGACGCCACGUGAUGCGGUACUCCACUUCAUCAAAGAGGCCUGUCGUCUCGAGGACGUCCCCGUCACCUUCUACAGGCUACAGAAGGACAAGAAAGAAGAGAGAGGCACAGCUCUGCUGGGGCUGACCCUCAGAGGAAUGCAGCUUUAUCAGGAGGCGGACAACAUCCGCCAGCUUCUCUAUGAUUUCCCCUGGUCCAAUGUGGGACGACUCACCUUCCUGGGAAAGAAAUUUGAGAUCCAGCCAGAUGGUCUGCCGUCGGCCAGGAAGCUGGUCUACUACACUGGGUCUCCGUUUCGCUCGCGCCACCUCCUCCUGCACCUCAGCAACAGCCACCGACUCUACCUCAGUCUCCAGCCUGCCCUCAAACACCUCCGACAGCUGGAGGACAGCGAGGAGAAGAAGCGCUACAGGGAGUCGUACAUCAGUGAUGACCUGGAUCUAGACCAUCCAGGGGGCAGCGAGGGGGGCAGCCCCGGCCUGUCCCGACACUCUACCUCCAGCUCGGGCAUUGAGGCAGACCGCGAUGCGACACUGCAACACAGCAGCAUCUCCAUGGAGAUGGCGUCCAUGGAGGAGGAGACUGAGCUGAGGAAGAGGAUGGAGAAGUGUUUCAGUUCGGCGGCGAGUCACGGGAGUUCUCACACUUCGGGCGUGGACACGGGCGACAAAGCACGCACUGAUGAAGAGGAGUGGCAGGAGGAAGAGACCCAGCAGGCCAGUGUGGACAGUCCAGGAGAGGUUUCUGUGGACGACCCAGAGGAAAUGCUGAGAUUGGCUGAGCUGAUCGAGGGCGUGUCGGUUGAUUGUCCCGUGCUCACCUCAGAGACUCACUGUGAAGGAUUCAAGGGGGAUCAGGUAGACGGAGAUGAAGACCUGGUGACACUACGCAGCAAAGAUACCCUGGGACAGAUCCUGAAGUCAAGAUCCCAUUGCGUGGACCGCCACAGCCAGAGCCUGGAUGACGUUCGCCUCUUCCCCCCUCCCGCCCCCCUCGGCACGACUCUACCCCCUGACUCCUCCCACAGCUACACCUUUGGCCUGCCCCUCCCGGACUCCCAGAGUGACGCUAAGAGCCCCCCAGGGUGUAACAACGGAGGCUACUACCUCCCCCUCCACUGCCCGGCUAAGGGCACCUUCUAUGGACACAGGUCUAUGAACUGCCUGUCUCUGGAUCUACUGGGAGACGAACAGCUGUUGGAGUUCAUACUGUAGAACAACACAGAGGACCAAUGUCCUUCUUCCAGCCUAUUCUCUACCCACAUCCCCCUCCAAUGAACCUGUAGGAUACAGGGGAGUGGCUGCAUGCAGCUAGAGUUCUAACUGUAGAACGUCAUGUUUCUACACUCCCGGGCCGAACUGUACUGGCCUGGUCACAUCAAGGACCAUGGAGGGCCCUCUUCAUGCCUGUGCUCUACUGUAUGACUCAGAUACAGGGGAGAGGCUGCACAGAGAUGUUGGAGGACUUUAUGGACCUUUAAGAGGAUUGAUUGCUAUUGGUAGCAUUCAUUGUGAAACGGAAUGAGGCCAUCACCUUCAAUAACCAUCCCAAUACAGACCAGACUCUACAUAUUUAUUGAACAUGUUUGACACUAUUUUUGUUUUACCUUUUGUAGAUACUUUGUACAUAAUUGUCUUAUAUUUUCAACUAUUUUACUAUAUUUUUUUUACUUUGAGGUACUAACACAUUGUAACCAUAUCAAUAACUGUAAAUAUAGGGGUGAACAUUGAAUUUCUUCAGUUUGUGUGAAUCGUGACAUAGUUUGAACCAGGAGUAUCUCUAGAAGUACUUUAUGGUCUAUUGUGAAGAGCAAAGGACUUUACUGCACGUUGACAUCCUGUGUAAAUGUAUCAUUACAUUAUUCAAAAUAACCAACAGCAUUUUUAAUCUUAUGUUUUGCUUUUGUUUCCCUUGUAUGUCAGUUUAAAAAUAUAUAUAUAUAUUUUUGCAUUUUCCAAUUAAGAACAUUCAAAACAAAAGUGAAAAGAUAUUAGACAACGAUAGUUUGUCUAUAAAAAAAGAAUGCUCUGAAAUGAACAUCACAUAUACAAGAUUGUAUUUUGUCGCGAUAAUAUUUGAUGAUAUUACAAGUCUGCCAUAGCUGCAACAAUGUAUUGUCCUUUUUUUUUUAUACAAAACUCAAAUGAAAUUGUAAAAAACAGUUCAUGCUUGUACUGCUUGUCAAUAUUACAUUCACUCCUGUGUCAAACUACCUUUCUAUUAUAUUUCUAAAUCUUUCUAUACUAAUGUUUUUACUUUCUCUCUAAGUAGAGAAGCACAUUAUGAACUAUUUUUGUGUCUUCAUGCAUACACUGGAAUGAUUAAAUAAUAAAAACAAUGACUAAGAA